ACACUUGUUUAUCUUCCUCCUCAGCCUACAGUGAAACGGGCUGCUAGCAGCGUCGCUGAUUGACAGGCGGGGCGGCCACUCCGGAGGCUCCGGGGGGCGGGGCGUGGCCUCGGCUCGACCAAUAGGCUGUGAGGAUUACGUGGGUGUUGGCACAGUGGCGCUAGGUUGAGGUUUGUUUUGCUUUGCUGAGGAUCUGUGAUGAGUGCAGAGGCUCUGCUGAUCUCUGCUCAUUUAUGGAUUUAUUAUCGAUCAUAUCAGACCUGAAGCUACCAGAGAACCACAGCAGACCACAACAGACCACAACAGACCAGAACCGGCCUGAACCCACCACCUGAGUCCCAACCCUGCCCCUCCCCCGCCCCCGGCCUGACGGGCCCACCACAACCCAUCAGAGGACUCGGACCGUCGGAGGACUCGGACCGUCGGAGGACCCGGACCGUCGGAGGACCCGGACCCUCAGAGGACCGCUGGGACCGACCCGAGCCCGGAGGUCCCCCUGCUGGAGCUCUGCGCCGCCUGGCAAUGCCUCAGCCCAGUGCGAGCGGGAUGGAGCCUCCCUUCGCCGACUCCUUUCAGAACUACUCUUUCGCCGACCAGGCGCUGACCAGCACCGAGCUGCUCGCCAGCAGCUCAGACCCUGACUUCAUGUACGAACUGGACCGAGACAUCAGCCACCGGCAGAGCCCCUGUGGGGACAGCGCGGUGGGUCUGGGGGACGGGGGGAAGGAGGUGGAGGGCUGCGUGGACCAGCUGAUGGGACUGGGCGAGGCCGAGACGGUCUACAGCAGCUCAGCCUUCGAACAGUGGGACUCGUACUGGGAAGACCUGACCAGAUAUACGCGGCUGGCCAGCUGUGACAUCUGGGGCACCAAAGAGGUGGACUUCCUGGGCCUGGACGACUUCUCGAGUCCGUACCAGGACGAGGAGGUGAUGGGCCGGACCCCCACGCUGGCUCAGCUCAACAGCGAGGAUUCUCAGCCCGUGUGCGAGGCACUGUACCCCCCCGCCGACCUGAGCCUGCCCCCCUCUCAGGCCCAGCCCCCCCUGGUCCCGGGCCACAGUAAGAGGGUCCUGGUCCCGGGUCCGGGCUUCGGCCCCAGCAGCGCCCGGCCGUCCCCCAGCUCCACCUCCUCCUCCCGUCCUUCGCGCAGUCUGCUUCCAGACUUCCCCGAGAGCUCCCAGAAGGCCACCAGACCCGUCCCCUCCAGCACCGAGACCAUGACCAAGACCCAGAACCUCCUGAGUCUGACCCAGGACCACGGCCAAGGCUACGCCAAGCACCAGGGCCGAGUCGCAAAGAUGGCCGCCCCGGCUUCCCACGGCCCCGACUUUGUCCGGAAGGCCAAAGUCCGCGUGAGCUCCGUGCCCAAACCUCAGUCCGACACGCCCCCCCCGACGGACGGCGAGAGGUCAGACCCGCCUCCGGCGCCGCCCCAGCCCCAGGACGAGAAGGCGUCCACUUCAGCCGGCGCCACCAUGGUGGUACUUCCUGUCACUGCAGCCGGCGCCGCCGCCAGCAUGACGAGCUUUGACAGGAAGUCGGAGGCGACGGGGCGGAGGGAGCCGCCCGCCGGCUGGCUCGCCACCGUGCCGCCGCUGGUCGAGGCGAGCCAGGCGCUGGAGGGCAACGCCUCCGGGCUCGUCAGCAGCGCCGACAGCGUGGCAGGGGCGAGCGGUGGCGGUGGCGGUGGCGGUGGCGCCGGCGCCCUGGCUUCAGAGGGCACCGAGAAGAGCAAGGAGGAGGAGCACAACUACUCUCUGUUCCUGACCCGCAGCAGGCUGGCCGGAAGAGCCCACUCCACGCUGGAGGAGGACGAGGAGGAGGAGGAGGAAGACGAGGAGGAGGUAGAGGAGGAGGAGGGCGACGGGCUGGAGCUGGACGACGAAGACCACGACGAAGGCUUCGGCAGCGAGCACGAGCUGUCCGAGAACGAGGAGGAGGACGAGGAGGACGAGGACGAAGACUACGAGGCCGACAAGGACGACGACAUGAGCGACGCCUUCUCUGAGCCGGGCUGCGACAUGGAGCUGAUGGAGGACAUCAAAGGCCUGACGACGGGCGUGUCCAGCAGGAAGAGAGGGAAGCGCCGCUACUUCUGGGAGUACAGCGAGCAGCUCACGCCCUCCAAACAGGAGCGCAUGCUGAAGCCGUCCGAGUGGGACAGACACACUCUGCCUAGCAACCUGUACCAGAAGAACGGGCCUCUGCACGGAAAGUACAUGCUGAAGAAGUCUCGGCGUACAGACGUGGAGGACUUGACUCCCAACCCUCGCAAGCUGCUGCAGAUCGGCACCGAGCUCCGCAAACUCAACAAGGUGAUCAGCGACCUGACGCCCGUCAGCGAGCUGCCGCUGACCGCCCGGCCGCGCUCACGCAAGGAGAAGAACAAGCUGGCGUCCAGAGCGUGUCGUUUAAAGAAGAAGGCCCAGUACGAAGCGAACAAAGUGAAGCUGUGGGGACUCAGCACAGAGUACGAUCGGCUGCUGUUUGUGAUCAACACCAUCAAAGAAGAGAUCGUGUCCCGAGUGGAGGACUCGUCCCCGCGUCCCACCAACAUGGCCGACACUCUGGAGCACCUGAUCCAGGAGACGCUCGUGGCAUCACCUGUCGCCGGGCAGACUUCAGACUUCGUCAACAAGAUCCUGGAGAACACGGGCCGCGGCGACCCCACCGGCGGGCUGGUCGGCCUGCGGGUCCCCACCUCCAAGAUCUAGAGCCACUGAGCUCGCUCGCUCGCUCGCACGGCGGCGGGCGCCACGUUUCCAUUGUAACUAAGCUCCUCCCCUUCUGCAUGCCCCUCCAGCCCCCAACACACACAUCGUUAGUCACACACACACAUAACACUCCCCGCGU